UCCGUGAACUGCUCGUGCACGUGUGCCCCCUUGGAAAAAGCGUCUUUGUGCCGCCAGGAAAAGCCAAGUGGAAACCAGUGAUCGUGAUCGGUUGAGUCUGCAGCUGCCCGAGUGCCGCUUCCGUCAAGUCAUCCUUCGUCGCGUGGUCAAGGAGGAGGAGUCCUUUUUUUAACGUCAACAUGAGAGAAAUCGUGCAUCUGCAGGCCGGUCAGUGCGGUAACCAGAUUGGAGCCAAGUUCUGGGAGAUCAUCUCGGAGGAGCAUGGUAUUGACGCUACCGGUGUCUACAAUGGAGAGUCGGAUCUGCAGCUCGAGCGCGUGAGCGUGUACUACAACGAAGCCUCAGCAGUUUCACGGGCGUCCGGUGGCAAGUAUGUGCCGCGUGCCAUUCUGCUCGAUCUGGAACCGGGUACGAUGGAGGCGGUCCGUUCUGGUUCGUACGGCAAGCUGUUCCGUCCGGACAACUUCGUGUUUGGGCAAUCUGGAGCUGGCAACAACUGGGCGAAGGGCCAUUAUACCGAGGGUGCUGAGCUGGUCGAUGCCGUGUUGGAUGUUGUGCGUAAGGAGUGCGAGAACUGCGACUGUCUGCAGGGAUUCCAAUUGACGCACUCGCUUGGAGGUGGAACCGGUUCCGGUAUGGGUACGCUGCUUAUUUCGAAGAUCCGCGAGGAGUAUCCGGAUCGGAUCAUGAACACGUACUCGGUCGUUCCAUCCCCGAAGGUGUCCGAUACGGUGGUUGAACCGUACAACGCCACCCUGUCGAUCCACCAGCUGGUGGAGAACACCGAUGAGACGUACUGUAUCGAUAACGAAGCGUUGUACGAUAUCUGCUUCCGCACGUUGAAGGUGCCGAACCCGAGCUACGGUGACCUGAACCAUCUCGUCUCGCUGACCAUGUCGGGCGUGACCACCUGCCUGCGAUUCCCGGGUCAGCUGAACGCUGAUCUGCGUAAGCUGGCCGUCAACAUGGUGCCGUUCCCGCGUCUGCAUUUCUUCAUGCCUGGUUUUGCCCCACUGACGUCUCGUGGAUCGCAACAGUACCGCGCACUGACCGUGCCGGAGCUGACGCAGCAGAUGUUCGACGCUAAGAACAUGAUGGCUGCCUGUGACCCGCGACAUGGACGUUAUCUGACAGUUGCCGCCGUUUUCCGCGGCCGUAUGUCGAUGAAGGAGGUCGACGAACAGAUGCUGGCGGUGCAGAACAAGAACAGCAGCUACUUCGUCGAGUGGAUCCCGAACAACGUCAAGACCGCCGUCUGUGAUAUCCCACCGAAGGGUCUCAAGAUGUCGUCCACCUUCAUCGGCAACACGACCGCCAUCCAGGAGCUGUUCAAGCGCAUUUCGGAGCAGUUCUCGGCUAUGUUCCGUCGCAAGGCUUUCUUGCAUUGGUACACGGGCGAGGGCAUGGACGAGAUGGAGUUCACCGAGGCCGAGAGCAACAUGAACGAUCUCGUGUCGGAGUACCAGCAGUACCAGGAGGCCACCGCGGAUGACGAGUUCGAGCAGGAGGACUGCCAGGACGAGAUGGAAGGCGAGUGCGUUUGAAAAGUGUCGAGUAGCCCGUGACCAAUGCGCACUUCCUGGCUUUGGCAUUUUUUUUAUUAUUUAUUAAAAUUUUCGUAGCUAGGCAAACGAUUUUAUAUUCCGUAUACCGGAGACUGCAUGUGUGUAAAGAAACGUUAACAUAACAUAAACGAAGAAAAAAAAAAGUGCAUAAAGUAUCAUAAGAACCUACUCGAUUGAUCGUUCGAUCAUGCCUCAAGAUCUUUCCGCGAAAACGAAUACGAAGCGAACGCAAACCACUCAAUAUCAUCUUGGAUCUCAAGAGAGGAACUAUUUCAGAGGGGAUUUUGUAAAUUCUACACGACUAGCCAGACAGGGACUACCAAAUAGAACCGAUCCGUUGAGGACGGUGGGAAAGGUUACGCUUUCUUGGGGACGGGAAAAACGGCUCCUGGCCGUGAGUGGGCUCCAGCAGAGUUUCUCGAUACUGGAGAAAUCACCUAGAGUCCCGAACGAACGCGAGUAAACACAUCGCACACGAAUACGGUGGAGGAGGAUUGUUUUUCAUACCCAUCCCUGAAACGCGCUCAAUUAGUACCCGAGAUAGUGCCUCUUGAGCGUGCAAGAUGAAGCGAAUAUGAGCAGUGGCUGGACACUACCGGACAUGACGUACGAAUUAAUGAAACGCUGAUCUUACAUUUGAUUAGAAGUUAUUAGAAGACUAGACCUCUUGACUUAUCCGUAGACAAUCCGUCGCGUGCAGACACAGAGCGGUUGCCUUGGCGGUUGGGUUUAUUUGCCAGCCAAAAUGGCAUCGGAUGAAGACCUCGAAGGCGAGAUUGUAAAGAGGUGCGGCAGUUGUAACCAUACCGGCAUAUCGUUGAACGGUGACCGUCAAGCAAAAUAUA